AUGGACUUGACUUCAGAGUUACCAAAUCAUGCAAGUGGGACUCCUGGUGAAGCACGUCCAAGCAAUUCUCAUCCAGAAGAGAUUAAAACAGAGCCCGAUUCCAGUGGGUUGGCAAUAAGAAGCCACAUCACUGAACCUGAUCUUGAUGAUCCUGAGCUGUGGAUGAUUCAAGACCCUGUUACCGAGUUUUGUGAUCGUCUUCAAAGUGCUGUGCAGUCAUUAAAAAAUGAAGCUAUGCCCUCGGUAACUGAAAGGGUUCUACAAACUUUAAUCAAGAUAGUCAGUAACGCAAUGGAAUACCCGAAUGAUGUGAAGUUCAGAAAACUCAGAAAGGCUAAUCCAUUAAUCCAAAGAAAUAUUGUUACUUACAAAGCUGCUAUGGAAACACUCAAACUGAUCGGCUUCCAUGAACAAGCCAUCGUCGUCGAAUCAGGGAACACUGAACCUUAUUUUGUGCUCCAAAGAAACGAUCGAGGCUUGUUGUGGCUUGCCAAAUCAUCCCUCGAGACAUGCAUUUUGUAG